UCAGUUCCCAUGAGUUUUUGACCAAUUUAAUGAUUCAAUAAAGAGAAAACACCUCUUCCAUGUUCAAAAUCAUAAGUAUCGAACAACUCGAAGCAAAAUGCACCGUUCCGAUAUACACCAAAUUCCAACGUCAUUUUUAUAAAUGCUUUCAUUAAUAAUAUAAUAGAAAGACAUUUAGACUAUUUUAUUUUCUUGUUUUCGGAAAAAAAUUAAGGGCAAAACUGACAAGACGUUACGAAGCUCCAUAGUUGGUGGUGGUCGAGAUCCGGCGUCGACGGGUUUCCUCCUUCUCCUCCUCCGAUAAUGAUGAUGAUGAAGAUUCCGAGCGGCGUUGUCGCUUCAGUCAUUGCCUUCUCCACCGCCGCUCUCUCUUCUUCUUCCUCAGCUAUUCCACCGAUCUCUCCUAAGGGCUGGGAAUCGAGGAAGAUGGAGCCUAGAUUUGAUGGGUUGAGGUUCAUAGAGACGCUGGUCACAGCACACAGAUAGAUAGAUAGAUUCAUUAUCACUUUUGGCCUUUGGUGCUGCAAAAGCUUUGUCCUGUUGUCUUCUAUUAUACUUUAUACCGAAACAGUCUCUCUUUUACAAUUAACAUUUGUGUACUGAGACUUGUAUCGUUCUUUUCUUUAUUUUAUUUGCCCCCUUUGCUUCAAGGGUUAGGCUAAAUUGUGAGCCAAUCAACUGCCAUUCAGUUAUGUUUUUUUCG